AUGGAGUAUAACAAACGCAAGUCAUCCCUGGUUGUUAUUGAGUGGAAGGAUGCAACCCAGAGCAAUAACAAAGGAGAGAGCCAAACCAAACCACCCCGUCGAAAAAAGCCUGCAAAUCACAUUCCGCGCCCACAAAACGCAUUCAUCUUAUUUCGAUCCGAGUGUAUUCGACAGAAGAUGAUCCCGAAGUCAGUAGAGAAAGACUAUCGUAAUUUAUCACGCAUAUGCGGGAAGGUGUGGAAACAAAUGUCUGCAGAUGAAAGGGAACCGUGGUUUCGUAUGGCAGACCAGGAGAAGAUCAGUCAUUCAAUUAAAUAUCCGAACUAUAAGUUUCAGCCUAUACCCCGUAAUGUUCGAGUAGCAUUAUUGCCAAGCUUGAAGCCAGGAGAGACGAUUGUCGACUUCGACAGUGACGAACCUGACUUGGACGAGCCUCGCAUGGACAAGCCUUGUAUAGGGAAUAUAUAUAUGGACGACACUUUCAUGAACGACCUUUACAUGCACGAUACUUUCAUGAACGACCUUUACAUGCACGAUACUUUUAUGGACGACCUAUCCAUAGACGACACUUUCAUGGACGAGCUUUGUGACAUGGGCAAGCUUUACAUGGACAAUACUUUCACAGAAGAGCCUUAUACUGAUGAGCCUUGUAUGAGCAAGGUUUACAUCGACGGACCUUGUAUGGGCGAGGUUUACCUGGAUGAGACUUGCGUAGACGAGUCACACAUCAUCAAUGAGCCUUGCGUGUGCGAGCCUUACACCAAUGAACCUUGCGUGGGCGAGCCUUACAUUGACGAACCUUACAUGGGAAAAUCUUACACGGAAGACGAAUUUUCCGCCAUGGACUGGAUAGCCGUUAUGGAAGCAGCUUCUUUGCAGUACUAUCCCGACCUCAUACUUACUACAAUUAUAUAG